AUGACUUUGUUUGUGAUGUUCUACUUCGUUGUGGUCGUGGCGCUCUACAUUACGCCAUUCAAGAUGGUGGUUCUAGUUGCUGGGUUGCUUUGGCUAAGGCAUCCCAAUUUUCGAUGCAAGUUUCCUUUAGUUCCAAGUAAUUUCUUUAGGAGGCUGUCGUCCAGAGCUGAUAGCAUGCUGUGA